CAGCCCAGCCCGGCCCGGCCCAGCCCAGCCCGGCCCGGCGCGGACGGGGACGGGAACGGGGACGGCGGCGGGUCCGGGGGCUCGGGGCGCUCUCCGGGAUGGGAGGACACGGGGACAACUACUACGGCAAACACGGAACGCCACAGAAGUAUGACCCGACUUUCAAAGGUCCCAUCUAUGACAGGGGCUGCACUGACAUCAUCUGCUGCGUCCUGCUGGUGGUGGCCAUCGUGGGCUACGUGGUGGUCGGCGUCGUGGCCUGGACCCACGGGGACCCCCGGAAGGUGAUCCACCCCACGGACAGCCGCGGGCAGUUCUGCGGGCAGCAGGGGACCCCCAACGAGAAAAAACCUUUCCUUUUUUACUUUGACAUCGUCAAGUGCGCGAGCCCGCUGGUGCUGCUGGAAUUCCAGUGCCCGACCACGCAGAUCUGUGUCAGCAAAUGCCCGGACCGGUACAUGACGUACAUGACGGCCUCCGGGAGCCCCGCCUCGCUGGAAUACUACCGGAAUUUCUGCACCCCCGAGUACAAGGGCUCGCAGAAGGCUCCCCUCUUGGUGCUGAAGGACAAGGAGUGUCCGGCCAUGCUCAUUCCCAGCACCCCGCUGGCACGGAGAUGCUUCCCAGCCAUCCAGGCCAAGAAGGGCGUCAUCAUGGUGGGCAACAAGACAACCUACGAGGACGGCUGGGGGAACCAAAGGAACGUCACCGAGCUGCUGGAAGGGGCCAAGAAAGCCAACGUGGUGCUGGAGACCCGGCAGCUGGCCAUGAAGAUCUUCGAGGAUUACACGGUGUCCUGGUACUGGAUCAUCAUAGGCCUCGUCAUCGCCAUGGUGGCCAGCCUCAUCUUCAUCGUCCUGCUGCGCUUCCUGGCCGGGAUCAUGGUCUGGGUGAUGAUCGUGAUGGUGAUCCUGGUGCUGGGAUACGGAAUCUUCCACUGUUACAUGGAAUAUGCCAAGUUAAAAGGGGAAGCGGGGUCGGAUGUGUCCCUGACAGACCUGGGCUUCCAGACCGACCUCCGUGUCUACCUCCACCUGCGGCAGACGUGGCUGGCGUUCCUGAUCAUCCUGUGCGUGCUGGAGCUGGUGAUCGUCCUGCUGCUCAUCUUCCUGCGCAAGAGGAUCCUCAUCGCCAUCGCGCUCAUCAAGGAGGCCAGCAGGGCCGUCGGUCACGUCAUGUCGUCGCUGCUGUUCCCCUUGUGCACCUUCUUCUUGCUGUGCCUCUGCAUCGCCUACUGGGCCAGCACUGCCGUCUUCCUGUCCACCUCCAACGAGGCUGUGUACAAGGUGUUCAACGAGUCCGCGUGCCCGUUCUCUGGGCAGACCUGCAAGCCCGAGACCUUCAACACCAGCAACGUCACCAAGCUGUGCCCCGACGCCCAGUGCCUCUUCGCCUUCUACGGCGGUGAGACCGCCUAUCACAAGUACCUCAUCGUGCUCCAGUUCUUCAACGUCUUCAUGUUCUUCUGGCUGGCCAACUUCGUCAUCGCGCUGGGCCAGGUGACGCUGGCGGGCGCCUUCGCCUCCUACUACUGGGCCUUCAAGAAGCCCGACGACAUGCCGGCCUUCCCGCUCUUCUCCGCCUUUGGCCGCGCGCUCCGGUACCACACCGGCUCGCUGGCCUUCGGCUCGCUGGUGCUGGCCAUCGUCCAGGUCAUCAGGGUCAUCCUGGAGUACCUGGACCACCGGCUGAAAGCUGCCGAGAACAAGUUUGCCAAGUUCCUCCUGAGCUGCCUCAAGUGCUGCUUCUGGUGCCUGGAAAAAUUCAUCAAGUUCCUCAACAGGAAUGCCUACAUCAUGAUCGCCAUCUACGGCACCAACUUCUGCACCUCGGCCCGGAACGCGUUCUUCCUGCUGAUGAGGAACAUCAUCAGGGUGGCUGUGUUAGAUAAAGUCACGGAUUUCCUCUUCUUCCUCGGGAAGCUCCUCAUCGUGGGAAGCGUGGGAAUCCUCGCCUUCUUCUUCUUCACCCAGCGGAUAAAGCUGGUCCAGGACACGGCGCCGCCGCUGAAUUACUACUGGGUCCCGAUUCUGACGGUGAUCGUGGGCUCCUACCUCAUUGCCCACGGGUUCUUCAGCGUCUACGGCAUGUGCGUGGACACCCUCUUCCUCUGCUUCUUGGAAGACCUGGAGCGCAACGACGGCUCGGCGGAGAAGCCCUACUUCAUGUCCCAGGACCUGAGGAAGCUGCUCAAGAAGACCAACAAAGGCCAGCCCGACGCGUAGCGCCGCCUGUCCCGCGUGGAAUUCGCCUCCGUGGACCUUGGGCCACCCCUGGCAGUGUGGGUGGAUGGGUAAAAUGCAGAUUUUUGAUGACUCGGCCUUAAAUCCUGGCGCUGGUAACGAUGACGAGCUUGUCGCCGCUAACGAGACGCAGGGCGCUGUGCCAGUGCCACUCCUGGGGCAAAAUCCCCAUUUCCAGGGGAUGGGCGGCUCCAGAGUGAGUUUAAUUGUGUUUGAUCCUGUUUUGGUCCUGGUAAACCCUUCUGGGGUCAGCCCGGGGGGGAUGCACAGGGAUCUGGUGAGGCGGGAACGAGCCGGGAGGUUCAGGCAGCUCCUCGUGGGGUGUUCUCCUUGUGGCCCCCCUAAAUGUUGAAUUAUGGUUGUGCAUUCCUGCCCGGAGAGCUGGGGCGGGCUGGAAUCACUUCCCAUCCCUCGCCGCCCUUCAUCGACACCCCAGGGCCCUGUUCUGGGCCCUAAUUAAUGAAUUCUUUUAGGAGUCAGCUAAUUAGUGCUUUUGUAGCCACUGCAAGGGGUGAAGGUGGAGGGGAACGAGGGGGCCGUGAGCAGAAUUUGGGGCUUGAGGCUCUGUCCAGUUCUUGCACCUCGUGAGCAGCUGCAGCUUCCACAGAUUCCUCCCCAAAAUGAGCAUCUGGCCCCCCAAAGUUGUCAGUUUAGGGCAAACCCUUCCCAAACGCUUCACCUGCCUAAGGGGUUUUGGGGCACCCCCCCAGGGGGAAGGAGGGGGGGUGUGGAUGGACCUGGGGGGGUUUUGGGUUCAAUCCAGGUGAUUUUAGUAAAGCCAGUGGUUAUCAACACCAGCCUCCUGCCAGGAAGGGGAAAAAGGGAAAUUUUUUUUUGUGUGGAAAGGGGUCAAUUAGCUGUAAAAUGUAACUAACUGAAACCUAAAAUGUAAUAAAAUUAACCCUCAGACCCCCUGCAGCCACACGAGCAGAGCCGCCACCAGCAAUUGGCCUUUUUUGGGGGGCUCGUUUGUUAAAAAAAAAGACUUAAAGAAAAGCUCUGAGGCUUUGGGGGACAAUUCCCAGCUCCCAGAGGCUGGGGGGGUCCCAGCUUCCCCCUUCCCAGUGCUCACCUGGCUCCAGGAAUCGCUGCUGAGGGAUCCCUUGGGCUUCUUUUGAUCCCAAUUCCCCUGCCACCUUUAGGUUUUGUAUCGUCCAGGGGACGUUUCUGUGGAAUUAUCCAAUCCUUUGGGGGCUUUUGUAUAUUUUGCUUUUCCAGGAUGUUUUCGGUUAUGUUUAUUUGGAGCUUUUCCAGUGAAUUUUUUGGGGGGCACGUUUUGGUUUCUCUGACGCCGCCGGGCAGAGCUUCCCUAUCUCCAAUCUCUCUGAUUUUUCUUUUGAAAAUUCCCUAAAUUUUCCCUUUUUCCCCUCGUUUUUUAGUGCAGCUGAUCAGUGGACAGAGGAGUGGAAGGGAAAGCUGAAGCUGAAAAAAUGAAGGAAAAUGUAAAACUAGAAAGGUGAAGGGAAAGACAGAAAAAUGAAGGGAAAGGUGAAAACAAAGCUAAAAAAGUAACAGUAAAGCUCAGCAGAAAAGAUCAAAUGAAGCUAAAAAGAGGCAAAUAUUGGGAAUAAUUCAGGGAAUAAUCACCAGACCUUGCUCCACUUACAGCCAUUCCAGCACGUGUCCUGCAGCUCCUGAUGCUCAUUCUGGAUUCAUUCAGUUUUUUCCCUCCCUGUGCAGGUUUCAGGGUAGAUUUGGUUUUAUUUCUGCUCAGAAUGUUCGUGUUGGGGGCGAAUUCUCUCUCACUCCUCGAUUUUCAGCUGUUUUCCUCCCAAAUCCCGACCCUUUGGGUGUGGGAGCUGAGGAGUGGCAGGAACUGGGUUUAUUUGUUUAAAAAGGCAAAACCCAGCAGGAAUUUGGAAGGCUGGAAGGAAAAGUGGUGAGAGAAGAGAAGAAAUUUGGGAGAAUGUGUGUUCCUGGGGAAGCCGGGCUGGCUCGGCUGCCUCCCAGCAGCACAGGAUUUAGGGAGAAUUAAGGAUUUUUAUUCCCAAUAAACCCAAGUGGCUUUUUAGAGGUGAUGGGAGCAGUGAGGGAAAUAUUCCUGUAAAUUAGGUUUGUUUUUUUUUUUUGAAAACUCAGAGCGAGGGCAGCUGUCCGGGGGAAUUUGGUGUCCGGAAAAGCUUCACUCCAAGACUGGGUUCUUGUUUCUAGGCAAAGCUCCGUGUCCAAGGCAUUAAACGAUGGAAUUUAGGAAUAAUGACUCUUCCUCCCCUCCCCGUCUAGAAAUGUGGUUUCUGUCCCUACAAACCUGAUUGUUCAGGCCAAGAAAACAACCCCAAAUCCCCAGCAGUGCUCGACCCGCGGGGCUGAUGUUUUACUGCUCGUUUUUCUGGUGUUUCUGAGGCAUGGAGGGUGCUGUGACACUCCGGAGUCUCUGCGCGGUUCCGUCAGCGUCGCGACCAACAAUAAAAUAAAAAGUGCCUGUUUGGA